UUAAAUCGAAACAAUUUUUUGAGAUUUUGUCGUACCGAAAUGACCAAAAAAAACACGACUUCCAUCUCAGAGUCAGUCUGAUUCUAUGCAGACUCCGGCUGAAAACGCGUGUCGUCAUAGAGCACGUUAAUCAGCUGACCGUCGCCGCCGCUAGUCCUGAUUCGUACUCUUCCGACCACCCAUCCGACUCGGACUCCAUGAGCCACGACUUUUUCACAAUUCCAGGAUACCUUCCUUGUUAUCCUUGGCUCAACAGCGCGCCUUGUUCUGUUGAUGUCGCAGUGGACUUGUGAGAUGGGAUCAGCAGGAUACGACAUCGAUGGAUUCGGCUCCAUAGGCACGGUAGGUACAAGCUACUUGCCAUCUACCAUCUCGAUGGCCUUCGUCAAAUCGACGCUCAAGAUACCCUCGCUACGUCCUGGGUGGGACCUCGAUGCCUGGAAAUACAUGCCCGCCUCUAUCUCUACGUCUGCUCCGACUCCCUUGCCUGUCAUCGUUAUGGCGCACGGUUUCGGUGCAAACAAAACGAUGGGCCUUGCGCUCUACGCGGAAGCAUUCUCGACCGAGGGCUAUGCUUGUCUGGUCUUCGACUAUCGGCGAUGGGGUGCCUCUGAUGGGACCCCGCGCUCUGUGCUUGUCGUGCAAGACCAGUUGGACGAUUAUCGGACUGUCGUGGCUUAUGCGAGGGCACAGGCGGCAUUCGAUGGGACACGGGUCAUCAUAUGGGGAUCUAGCCUUUCUGGUGCACACUGUAUUACCCUGAGCACCGACAGAACCGUGAACGCAGUCGCCGCAUUGGCUCAAUGUCCGUACACCGGAAUGACACCGAGUCUGCCGCUGAAUAUGACUUGCCUCAAACUGGCUUCCUCUGCCAUCGCCGAUCUCGUCAAACAAGCUCUCGGUUUGCAGCCUGUGUACAUCCCUGUCGUGUCGGAGUCCGGGACGCUGGGUGCUCUGACGACACCGGGCACGGUCUCUGGCAUGAUGGCCAUUUGCUCUUCGGACGUUCCCUAUGAGAAUCGAGUGGGUGCAUCUCCUUGCACGCGAGAAAAGAGGCUGCAUCUCGCAAUUCUAGGUAUCCGCAUCCUCGGUGCUCCAGCUACCGCCCUAUCAGCCCCGCACGAAAGCAUCGCAAAUCUCCUGCCCGUUGCUCAUCGUGCUUCCCACCCAGGACAACUUGUGCCUUCCAGACGGCGCGGUGGAGAUAUCGAAGGCGACGGAUAAAUGCGAACUGGUCUCGCUGCCAUGUGGGCACUUUGAUGUGUACCAUGGCCUGUCUCAUCAUGCGGAAUCCCUAUCCGCUCAGGUCAAGUUUCUCCAAAAGCAUGUUCCCAUCUCUGGACUGUCUUGAGGUGGGGACGUAUAGUACAUGUUCAUGGAUGGAAUGUAUUCUUUGAUGGCUGCGUAGUCUCCAUGGGUUCGAGAGUGUGUUGAGCCAUGUAAUCCUCAGUCCUCGAGUAGGGGUGCGUUCCUAACAGUCGAGUCCCGCAGUCCUAAAAUCGCCCUGUCACCCAGAACUCAGAGGUAGAGAGCCGGCAUCGGGGUGGCAAUCCAGUGGGAAGCUUCAAUGGGUCAGUGAGGUCAAUCUUCGAGUCUAGUAGCCGCCAAUCUCGACGCCCGGCGGUAUCCUGUAGCGUUCCCAGACGCCCUUCAUUUGCCAAUUCGGCUUUAUGAAAUGGUGCGCCCACCAAUAUUGAUUCAGACGCGUAUUUUCGGCUUCCUUUCUCCGAUCAUUCGGACAUCUUUGCAUUCCUAGAGACGAGGAGCGGGCACAGCGGGUGCACGGAGGGUGCGUAGAGGCAGAAGACAAGUCGGACGAGUCGAAGCUGAAGAAGCACUAGGGAGGCACAUCAGGCACACGUGCCAGAUCCGGCGGCAAUCUAACCUCGGGCUGAUCGCUUCGAAGCGCAGGUUCAUAACUUUCCCUCACUCGCUCUCCUCCUCCUCCCCGCUUUCCUUUUCCCUCGUCCCCCCUCCGCCCCCAGCUGCCUCACUUCUCCCCGAUCCCUUCAAUCUAGUUGCCGACGCGCGCAUCUGCCACCCGAAGCCACUGCAUAUGGCCGCUCCGACACAGGAACUUCCGCCCUGGCUAUCGUACACGACUAUCACACUCCCCCGAACCACGCAGACGAGUCUCGUGGUCGAGCCGCUCACGUACUUUGGGCCGAGCAUACCGUUAGGGAGCGGUUGGGUGUUUGGGGGAUCGACGCGGCCUGACACACAGCGGACGAGCCGGACAGACACGGUGGCAUCGGCGACGCCCACAUCGGCAUCUACACCGGCUGCGACUACCGCGAGAUCUACGUCCGCGUCUCUUCCCGGGGGAGCAUCCUCGCGAUCGGCCUCCCAUGCGCCUGCUUCAGCCUCGUCCGCGACCCGGACUUCAUCUACCCCUGCUUCAUCGUCCUCUAAAAUUUUUGCUUCAUCAUCCACCGCUUUGGCUUCGAGAUCUGCUCUGUCUUCUGCCUCGUCCGUCGCGGGCGCACCGUCGCGUUCGGCAUCCGCGGUCCCUAUCUCCUCGUACUCCUCCCACUCUACUCUCACACGGGGCGAACUCGCGGCAAUCAUCAUAUGCUCAAUCCUUGGUGCUGUCUUCGUCCUAUUUGUGCUUUUCUUCCUCUUUCGCCGACAGAGAGUGCGCGGAGGUGAUCCUGAUGCGCCCGCACGAAGACGGAUAAAGUUUGCGUCGCUUCUCCCGGCGAACGUUCGGAGGCUGUCUGGAACACGUUUUACCAUGGUCACGCCAGCCGUGGAUGGCGCCUCGGUGCAAGACUUCGACGCGGACUGGCUGGUCGUGCGGUCCCCGGGACAGGGGCAGCCGGGACACGGCGCGACCGAAGCCGAUCCGUUCCUCACGCGCCGUGACGUGCAAGCGGUGGAACAGCCGACUGCUGCCGUUGGGCUCGACGAAAAGCUCCAUACCACGAGCAACUCGUCCCGGGUAACCGAGUCGUCCGGGACGAAUCUCUCCGGGUACGGUGUUUUGCUGGACCGGCCGGCGCAGGGGAGCCAACCUUGGCAAAAGGGUGGCGCAAGUCUUCCGCUGGGGGCGGCGUUCGCUGCCCACGGAAAUGGACAUGGACAUAGCCACGGCUAUGGUGCCCCAGUGCCCGGUCGCCGGAUCCUAUCCCCGGCCCAAGUCGCCAGUCUGGUCGAAGAAAAGGAUUCGUUGUCGAUCGUCACCGAGGGAAGCGAGCAGGAAGAAAGUCACGUUGCCGUUGCCACCAGAGUCCCUGUUGCCUCCAAAGACAAAGAACAUCGGCGGUCGUGGCUCUCUCGCUUCUCCUGGACCAACCGUGAAACCAAGGCCGCAGACGAAGAAAGCGGAGUGCUGUUGUUCGAUGCUGGCCGACAUACCCCCUCCAACUCAAUUUCAUCGCCGAUGCGCGAGGUGUCGUCCACCUCGGUUUCCGCCGCGGGUGCGUCAUCCAAUCCGCGCAGGUCAAGCCAGCAAAGUGGGGAGACGGUCUACGAGGACGCGCUCGAGUACCUGCCCACAACCACCGAUCCUUUGGAUGUGCCGGCUCCCGCUGCGGUGGUCCCCGUGUUUGGCAGUCGGCUUGGACUAAAUUCCCCUCGAGGCACUGGGGCGGCUACCCCCGGAAUCUCCCCUCGGCCCGCGUCAGGCGCGUUGAAUCUGGAUAUCGACGAUGUGCCUCCUGUGGCAGAAGGCGGCUGGCAGGCUCUCGGUGGUGGUGGCGGUAGCACGACCGUCGGAAGACGAGGAACCUUUGGCGGAGGCGCAUCUGCGAUGGCGCACCACCGAUCAGACUCGCUCUCCUCUGGUUCGCGGUCAGGCCACAGCCAUAUGACGUCGGCGCACUCGCAGGAAUCUUCGGCGGGUUCCGCCCGGAUGCAUGCUCUGCAACCUUCACGGUCGGUGGAGGGCCCCGCUAGCCCGACGCUGAGUGCAUUCGGACAUCGGGCCAGGAAUGCCGACCAAUCGGGGUCGAGCGGCUCGCGGCGCCAGGAGUCGUUGAAGUUUGGCGAGCGGACUGCCAGCCCGUUCCCGCGAUCCCGCAGCCCGACACAUGCGAUCUUCUCGAACUCGUCCUGGGCAGCGGGUUUCGACCAAGACUGGCGUGCGGCAUGAUGGGACAUUGUGCACAAUAUCUAUCAUCGCGUUUGGACGAUCUGAUUCAUUUUAUACCAUCUACUCAUAGAGGCUGCCUGAUACCUGGCUUCUCACGAUUGUCUUGCAUACAUAUCUUAUGUGUAUCCUUAUCCUCACAUGAUGUAUUUACGUUCUUACGAUCACUCACGACCCCCAAUGCGAUACCUCUUACGAUUCAUCUGCCGCUGGGCUUUGGCAGAG